UGAUGAUGAUAGUACUACCAGCGCUAUCUCGCCUCGCGUUUUGCAGUUUAGUACGCCGCCGCUACGUAUUUGCAUGUUAUUUUGAUACAACAGCCCAAAGGUACAAUUUCCGUUCUCUGGUGUUCUGUGGCCAGAUCAUGGGGGACGGGUGCAGCAGGAACGCGACGGCGACACCUGUUGCAUCGGUGACGCGGAUUGAAUCAUUCAGCGCCUCGCAUCGCUUGCACAGCCCAUCCCUUUCAGAUGCUCAAAAUGCUGCCAUUUUUGGAAAGUGCAACAACCCAAAUGGUCAUGGUCACAACUACAAAUUGGAAGUCACAGUCACUGGCCCUGUGGACACAGCCACAGGAAUGGUAAUCAACAUCAUAGACCUGAAGAAAUAUAUACAGAGUGAAGUGAUGGAUGCUCUUGAUCACAAGAAUUUGGACAAAGAUGUGCCAUACUUUCAGAGAGCAGUCAGCACAACAGAAAAUGUAGCAGUGUUUGUCUGGCAGCGGCUGCACAAGGUGCUGCCCAAGGAGCUGCAGCUUUGUGUGCGGUUGCACGAGACGGACAAGAAUGUAGUGACGUACGAAGGACUGUGAAGCUGUUGACACACGCUUGCUGUACUGCAGUCGUCCUUUGGCAUGGAAAAAUAGUAGUUUCAUAUCUAAGCCUCUUUAUCCUGAAAAUUGUAUGCAGCUCCUAUUACACCGGUCACACUUCUAUGUCGCUAGGUAGAGUCCCUAGCUAUUGCUUGAAGAAAUAAAUCGCAACAAAACAUA